CCAGACACUUCCUUCUUAUUCAUUCGCCUGCAGUUUGACAACGACGCUGAGCCAUUUUGGUGGAACUCUACCUACAGUUAACCAUCUAUCAAAGCUAUAGUUUACUGUACUACCAGACAAUCUACAUCAGCUGACAGAGGUGCAAAUUAUGCUAAGAACAACGGCUCAAUGGUUUGGAACAUUGUGAUUUCUUCAAAAUGUCCAUACGAUCUUGUCCAUACGCCAAUUCGGCCAAUUCGGCAUGAAGAUACGGCGCAAGAAGAUCCGGAUAGUAGACCUAUAAUGCGACUCCUUUUGUCCCUCUUGGCUAUCGUAGCCAUCUCAUAUCAAGAAGAAACUGCGAAGAAACCUGUUCAUGAAGGAGACACCCCAUUACAACAACAUAAUCGUGGUCAAGGUGUUGUGAAAAAACCCCAUCGUGAUCGACAGUUCCAAAUUCAGGGAGUAGAUGUUCGUGAGGACAGGGUGAGGAUCAAAAGUUUAGGACUAUGA